AUGCGUGUUGCCGUAGUGCUGCUAGCCCUGUGUGCCACACUAGCCACAGCCCAGUUCAACACCCAUCAAUGGGCUGACCGGAGUGGUAUUGUGCAUCUUUUCGAGUGGAAAUGGGACGACAUUGCUGCUGAAUGCGAGAACUUUCUAGCGCCGCGCGGAUACGCCGGUGUGCAAGUGUCGCCACCGACGGAGAACGCUGUCAUUGGGGGAAGCUUUCAAAGGCCAUGGUGGGAACGGUAUCAACCGAUGUCCUACCGCCUGGAGACACGUUCUGGAACGGAAGCUCAGUUUGCUAGUAUGGUCCGUCGCUGUAACGAUGUCGGUGUACGCAUCUAUGUGGAUUUGGUUAUUAACCACAUGGCUGAUCUGGUCGGAGAAGGUGGUACUGCUGGCAGUACAGCUAACCGGCCAAAUUUCGCGUUCCCCGGCGUACCAUUCAGUGUGACGGACUUCAACCCGCCCUGUCUAAUUACCAACUAUAACGAUCCCAUCAUGGUUCGUAACUGUCAAUUGGUCAGUUUGCCCGAUUUGAACCAGGGUGUCCCAUGGGUACGCGAUAAGAUUGUGGAACUAAUGAAUCAUCUGAUCGGUCUUGGCGUUGCCGGCUUCCGUGUAGACGCCGUCAAGCACAUGUGGCCCGGAGAUCUACAGGCCAUCUACAGUCGUAUGAACAAUCUGCCCACGUCGCACGGCUUCCCACCGAACGCUCGUCCCUUCAUCACGCAGGAGGUGAUCGAUCUGGGCGGUGAGGCAGUUACGCGUGAAGAGUACACGCACCUGGGAACGAUCACCGAGUUUCGCCAUUCGGCUGAGAUUGGACGUGUUUUCCGUGGAAGCAAUCCUUUUCGGCACCUGACGAACUGGGGCACCGGUUGGGGAUUUCUGCCAUCGCAUCUCGCACUCGUCUUCAUUGACAACCACGACAAUCAGCGCGGCCAUGGCGGUGGUGGUUCGAACGUGCUUACCUACAAGGUUCCGAGAAAUUACAAAAUGGCCACGGCCUUCAUGUUGGCACAUCCAUUCGGAAUUGUACGCGUUAUGAGUUCGUUCUCGUUCAGCGAUUCAGAGCAAGGCCCCCCACAAGAUGCCAACGGUAACUUGCUAUCUCCGACGUUCAAUCCGGACAACUCGUGCGGUUCGGGAUGGGUAUGCGAACACCGAUGGCGUCAGAUUUACAAUAUGAUAGGUUUUCGCAAUGCUGUCGCUGGCACGCAGAUUAACGACUGGUGGGACAAUGGUAACUACCAGAUGGCGUUCUGCCGAGGCUCCCGUGGCUUCAUCGCCUUCAAUCUGGAACCGUUUGACUUAAAUCAGAACCUGCAGACAUGUCUGCCGGCAGGAACGUACUGCGAUGUGAUUUCUGGUGAUCUUUUAAAUGGAGCAUGUACCGGCAACUCGAUCACAGUCGGUGGUGAUGGACGCGCCCAGAUUGUCCUACCAUCCAAUGCGUACGACGGUGUUUUGGCCAUUCAUAUCAACUCGCGCAUUUAA